GGACGGCGACGACGACGACGACGAACUCCAACGGGAAGAAAAGGAAAGAAGCGAGAGGGAGAGCCAAAUGAAAAAGAAGAAAAAACAAAAAAACAAAAAAAAUAAAAUAAAAUAAAAAAAACAGCUCCGAAGCGGCGGCAAUUUCUUGUUUUCAGUACGCGCCAGAGUGCCGAACUGGGUUGACGUUCGUUCACUUGCGCGCCGACAUGAAGAACGUUCCCCUGUCCUCGCAGCUGUCCUCUUCAUUUUCGCAAAGCGAGUGAUGUGCAUUGCAACUGACGCUAACACGUUCGUUUACACUUUGUCCGCGAACACGAACGACCAAACAUUUGGCGUUGCAAAACAAAUUUGGUUUUUUCUUUGUUUUUGCAAACAAGUCGUUGGCUUUUCGUUCGGUGCGCUCAACCAUGACGCAAACGCUUUCGAGCGCAUCUCAGCAAAGCGGCUAAAAACGCCGUCCAUUUAAAAAAGAAAAGAAAAGAAAAGAAAAAAAAGUGAGUGAUUUCAUUUGUCUUGUUCAGUUGUGAGUGCAAAAGUCGGCAACCUGUUCGCAGCAGUCGCUAUUCAUUUGAAGGCCGCGUUGGUGACACCCUUAUGUCGGUGCCAUUAGGGCGAAUUCCUCGUGCGCGCAUUACUGCCGCUAAUAUUUAAGAAACGAAAAGGAGAUGGAUACAUCAAUAAUAAUUGAAAGAAAAAAGACGGCGGUCUUUCUAUUUCUUCAGUUGAUCUAUUUCUAAUGAGGACGGCGAUGUGUCUGGCCGGAUCGCACUAUAGCGAGUGGGCGAGAUGGUUACCGGCACGGACUACGUGAUCACAGCCGGCUUUUCGUUAUACAUCCAAUUGUUUUGGCCAGACUGGAAACGAAAAGAAAAAGGAAAAAAGAGAAAUUAUUUUUGGGCUGCCGGGUACAGUUGUUUUCACCGUGUACAGCCCCUGAAGAGAUGAUGGAUUUUCUCGCCAUGCGGUCCAUUGAAUUAAGAAUUAUUUGCGGCUAGCUACUAGUACGCACGCACACAAACACACACAGACGCGCGCGUCUGCAGUGGCCGAUAGGAAAACGGACGCAGCCACUGGCCUUCAUCAGCCAUCGAGGACAAUUGAAAAUCAAAUAAAACGCGGCAGAUAAAACACUUCGCGCCCUUCUUGUUUUGCCGUGUCUAACUGCGCUCUUGCGGCUUACACCCCCACCGCAUCGUCUGAACUGUACGUUCAUAUUUGACGACCGUAUUUGACGGCGUUUGGGUCCAAUCCAUUUGAUAUCGACAUAAAAAAUAUUCUCUGCUGCCGCCGCCUCCACGGCACUUGGUUGCCAAUGGUGUUUCUCCAACAUUUGCUCUGAUUGGCAAACGGCCGUAAACAGUCGACUCUGCGUUUACAGCAAACACAAAAAGGAAAAGAAACGAAAAAAGAAAACAGUUCAUUUGCGAUCUAGAAACGUGAGCGAACUGCAAGAACGUAUUAUUAUUAUUAUUAUAUUCUGGUGGAACGGCAAACAAUGGCGGAUGUAGGCCUAUACACGUCUACUACUACUUACGUCUAAGCAAACAAACGAAAUAACGUCAAAAGGUGAAGCAGAAAAUCGAAAAAAGAUUCUAGUUUGUUUUUUAAAUUUUGAGUGCAUCUAUUCAGGGAAUUUUUAAAAAAAGGAAGAAGAAGAAAACAAACAAUGAUGUGUCUGUUGCAUGAUAAGGUGACGAGCUGUUUGAUGCUGAGCCGCGAUACAAGGCGAGCAGCGGAGCGGCUAGUUCAACAUAAAAGGAUUACGACGACGACGAGUAGCGAUAGGCAAGAAGGAAGGGCUGGAUUCACUGAUGUUUCACGUCCAGCUCGAAUUCAGAUGAGGCCACGUUCUCUGCUUCGAGGCUUUCGCAUUAGAAAUGAAAACAAAACGGGGCCAUCGCAUUUCAGUUCGGCCUGUUGUUUGUAGAGACAGCGGGACUCGCAACAGGACGCUAGAUCAGUUUCGUCCCGUCUUGACGUGUUUGUUUGAUUGUUUGAUAGGGUGUGCAUCUCAUCAGCUGACGCCAACUGUGAGUAAAACCUUACACUCGGCCAAACCCCUCCCUGUACCUCGGCCAAAAAGAAAGAAGAAGAGUCUCUCACCCCAAUCUCAAUCAUCGUGUCGCUCUCUCUCUCUCUAGAAUAGAAAAACAAAACAAAAAACCAAACAAAACUCGCUGUUUCGGCGUGAAUGAUAAGGGCAGAGCAACCGUUUUCUUGUUCGUGUUCUUGUCUGCUAAUGUAUCAACAGGCAGAAACAAAAGCAGAAUUUCGCCUUCUUUCUUGCUUUUUUCGUGAUUCAUCAGCGCGUCUGCACGCAACACCUGCGGCACGACAUCACGUUUCAAAUCAAACGAAAUCUCUUCCGUACUCAAACAUUUUCUCUCUCGUUAUAUUCCCAUUAGCUCAUCACUCGCACCCACUCAUUUCUUGUUUAACUUUGCAUCUUAUUCUCAAUCAAUUUCGUUUUGUUUUUGUUCUCCCCGCAGAUCAACAGCUGCUGAAAGUUGACACGGUUCAUCAUCUUUGUUAGGCAGAUCCUUUUCCAUACCCUUUCCGUUCGUGGUUGCCGUAGCAACGUGCCACAUCCGCAUCGUUUCAUCAUGGAACAAUGUCGCCAAUUAUACCAGGAAGCCCAGCGCACCUUAGAAGAAACGAAUCAAUUGGACAUUUUCUGCCGUUUUACAUGGGACCAGCUCUUGUGUUGGCCACCUACGAGACCCGGCCAAACGGUCCAUCUGCCCUGCCCGCCACGCAAAGGCCUCGAUCCGACUCAAUGGGCGGAAAGACGAUGCCUGGAUUCGGGUCGUUGGGAAGGUCCGCCACCAGCAUCGGAUGCCAAUGACACGGCGGCAGCGACCCUACUCGAUGACCAGGACAUGAUCCAUCAUCAGCAACAACAAGGUUGGACCAACUACAGUCAAUGCUUUCUACCUGAAAUACGAGACCUGAUGAACACGUUGGACAGCGGAAGCCAACAGGACGCAGAGGACAAACUGAUGGUGGCUCAAAUGACGAGGAUACUGGAAUUGACCGGAUUGACCCUAUCGCUCAUCUCCCUGAUGAUUUCCCUCUUCAUUUUCACCUACUUCAGAAGUCUACAAAAUCACCGGACUCGCAUUCACAAGAACCUGUUUGCCGCUAUCGGAAUCCAGGUCAUCAUCCGCAUGACGCUCUACAUGGAUCAGGCCGUUUUCGUCUCUGAUCUGCAGGUGGGCGGUGACCGUCAAACGCUCAUCGAUUCCAGCACGGUAGCACUCGGCGCUGGAGGCAUUCACGAAACCCCGAUCUUGUGCGAAUGGUUUUACAUCGUUCUGGAAUACGCGCGAACGACAAUGUUCGUGUGGAUGUUUAUCGAAGGUCUUUUCCUGCACAACCUCAUCACGGUGAUGGUCUUCCGGCCCGACACCUACCACAAACUUUACUUGGUGCUCGGCUGGGGCAUUCCCUUUGUUUUGACGACCAUCUGGGCCGCAAUCACAGCCACCCAUCAGACCACUUCAACUUGCUGGUUGGGUUACAAUUUGACGCCAUUCUACUGGAUCCUUGAGGGACCUCGGCUCACCAUCAUUUUCAUCAACUUGCUCUACCUGCUCAAUAUCCUGCGCGUCCUCGUGACUAAACUUCGCAACAGUCAAUGCAGCGAAGCCGAGCAAUUAAGAAAAUCGGUGAAAGCGGCAAUGGUGCUCUUACCGUUGCUGGGCAUCACCAACGCUUUGGUGAUGAUCAAAGCUCCGCUGGAUCGAUCGGCCGUCGAAUUCGCUCUCUGGUCCUACUCGUCCCAUUUUCUCACCUCUUUCCAGGGAUUCUUUGUGGCGCUGCUCUACUGUUUCCUCAACGGGGAGGUUCGCUCCACUUUAGCGAAGAAAAUGCGCAACUACCUGACGGACCGUCAAAUAGGCACGUCCUUUUGCGGUUUCGGUGCUGGAUCUACGCGUCUCAUGAGUCAAUUUGCCAAUCCGUCCACUCAGGUGGAAGUGGAACGAGAGGCGCGCACCGUCCUCGACGACCAGCAACAACUGCAACAAUUGCAGCCGGGCUCCUCUUUUGAAAAACAUCCGCGUCACCUUCUAAGGGCCUCCUUUUCCUCAACUUGUCCUGCUGCUCAACAGCACCACGACAACAGUCUAGAGCCCAUUAACAAAAUGAUGGCCACUACGCUAGUCUAACGAGACCCUCUCUCGUACCCCCAUACCCAAACGGCCAAACCACAUCAAUAAACAAACACACACGUCACGUAUGAUAUACCUCUGGCACACGCAGUUCUUUGCAUCAUUUUGUUUCGUUUUUUUGUUUCGUUUUUUUUUAAUAUUUUCUGUUUACUUGUUAUGCAUAUUGGAACAUUCAUGAACCGGCUUCUAUACGCAAUGUUGACACAUCAAUUAAAUUCCCCCCCCCUUUUUUUGUGUGUGUGUGUGUCACGUUUCGCCGCUCGGAUCGUACGAAACGAAGAACAAGCCGACGUCUAUCACUCCCCACCCUUCCACGAAAAUUCCUAUUCGAUCAACGUCAAACGACAUAAUAUGACCCGAGAUCAUUAUUACGUGUCACACACGGCGCAUGCAAAUGCAGCCGAUGGCCGUCUUUGCAGCACGCGCGCCCCAUUUCUUCCCCCCAUCCCCUGGUUCCAUGGUACGUGUCCAGCCGCCAGCCAUACGGUCAAAGAUAAAAUGUGGCUAGCCGUUCAUCACAUACAGAACAAAACUAAAAUAAGAAAUAACUGGACCUCUUUCUGUUUUAUGUGUAUCGUCAGUCGCCAUAUGAUUAAUUUUUUGUGUCUUUCAAUUGUUGGAUGUCAUCAUCUGUAUGUCUCUCUUAUCAGCCCAUCAACAGUGUUACGUGUGCUUUAUGAGGAGGAGGACGACGACGCCACAUUAAUAUAUAUAUAUACCAUAAUACAUGAUUGUAUAUCUGUCGGACAAAUAGACGCUAUACGUUCCACCCUC